AUGGUGAUGGUGAUGGGGUUGGACAAGGCGAUAGUGUUGGUAAUGGUGAUGAUUAUGGUGGUGGUGAUGGUGAUGGUGAUCUUGAUGGUGAUCGUGAUGGUGUUGGAUACGGCGAUUGUGAUGAUGCUGUUGAUGGUGAUGUUGCUGGAUAAGUUCGCAGUGAUGGUGAUGGUGAUGGUGAUGGUGUUGGAAAAGAAGAUAGUGAUGGCGAUGGUUAUAUUGUUGGUGAUCGUGAUGGUGUUGGAUAGGAUGAUUGAGAUGGUGAUGUUCUUCGAUAUAGUGAUAGUGUUGGUGAUGGUGAUGGUGAUGGUGACGGUGAUGGUGAUGGUGUUGGAUAAGAAGAUAGUUAUUGCGAUGGUUAUGUUGAUGGUGUUGGGAAAGGUGAUAGUGUUGGUGGUGGUGAUGGUAAUGGUUUUAGUGAUGUUGAUGGUGAUGGUGAUCGUGAUGGUGAUGUUGAUUGUGAUGGUGAUGGUGCUGGACAAGGUGAUAAUCAUGGUGACGUGA